CCAAUAAGAGUGGGAGACCCAUAACGUUGAUUUAAAUAUUAUCCAGGUGACCACAGUAAGUCAAGGUCAUAAAAUUGUAAUGUCAUGACGGUCCUGGAAAAGCGCUGGGGGUGGAUUUUAUGAUCUGCAAAUAUAAUGUGCUGGUGCAGUAAAGAUGCAUUAAAAGCCGAGUGGAGGAGGGCUAAUCCACAGACCUGGGACUGCAACGCGCUGGCCUCACUGGCGCGCUCUGCGGGCUGCCCGGCUGCUACUGGAGGCAGGAAGCUCGUAUGAUGGCUAUGGAGAAGCACACAAAGCAAUGAGCGUGGAUGUACGACAUGAUAACAAUACCAACAACAACAUUAACAACACCAAAAACAUCAACAACAACGACAGCGGCGACGACCAUGACCAAUGUGGGGAUCCUACUAUAGAUAAGGAAGAAGGCUAAAAAGUCUCUCUAACAGACAGGAAAGGAUAAAACUAUGAGAAGAGGGCAGAGAGCUUGGCGGUACCGGUUAAUCACUGGAGCUAAUAGCAGCAGAGGAGCAUGGAGACGGAGGCGUUGUGCUCCCUUCGACGAGAAGUUGCUCGAGCAUCGUCCCAUGCGCCGGGCUAUUGGAGGACGGCCCCACGUGACUCUGGGGUUCAUCCGUGCUGCCAGACUAUUAAAUACGUGAAGGCAGUUCUGCGAUGGAGCCUGGGCACCAUGCAGGCCAUGUGUGGGACCCCCUUUUCCUUCAGAAGUCCCACACACCCUGUGCUGGUUUCGCCCAAAACACAACCAGGAUUGGACCUCACCACACGGAGCAGGUGAACAGCUUGGUAAAAAUGACUGGAACAAGUGCUAGAAACGUCUUCCGCAAGACCACCUACCCUUGGAUGAGCGAGAGGCAGUCUACUCCAAGCCAUGGCGCAGCUAACUUCUGCCAAUCAGGUGCCAGCGAUGAGGCCUGUUCUCCAGAGAGGGUGAGGGAGAAUGACAGCAGAUCUGCCAGGAAGCGUGCACGCUCAGCUUUUACCUCCUCUCAGCUACUGGAGCUCGAGAAAGAGUUCCACUUCAGCGCCUACCUGUGUCGCCCACGGCGACUUGAGAUGGCCUCGCUGCUGAAGCUCACAGACCGACAGAUUAAGAUCUGGUUCCAGAACCGCCGGAUGAAGUACAAGAAGGAUCACAAGGGUAAGGCGACAGCAUGGCCAUCCUACUCUUGCCAGGCAGUGGGUGCAUCAUCUUCUGCAGAAGCUUGUGCUGAAAUGGACGUCAAAGCUCAAGACCAUCUCCAGUUCUUGAACUGUAGUCAAAGCAGCUAUGGUCAACCCACCUACAAAGACUGGUUCUUGCUUGCGAAGGCAGCUCCAGCCAUUACUCUGGACUUCAGCAGUGCUCCUCAACUAGCGUCCAGACCCAAUGAUUCACCUUUAGCUUCUGUCUCUGACCUCUAUCUGCACCAGCAAGAAGAGGGGUGCCUCCUGGUACCUCCUGCACCCUCAUACAUGUGAUUCAGCCCAUCUGCACUACGCAACAUACCUGUCCAUGGCCCAGCACUCCUUCAGCUGUAUCUCUGUCUGACAGUUUGCCCAUGCCCAUGCCACACUCUGAUUAAACACACAUCCCCAGCUGCCAGCGCUUUGAGGAGAGGCAGGAUUUGUUGCCCUUAGAAGUUGAUUUACAGGCAGAAUGUUGACUUGGAAGAACCACAGAGCCAAGUUCACUGUCGUGGGCGAAGGGCCAGAGGAGAAUUACAUGUUAUCAGCCAAUAUGCAGCAAAGCAGGGAGGUUUUCCUCUGUGGAUAAGCUGCUGCAGACUCUGUGAAAAGAGCCGAGAUUUAUUACACAUGGACCCAAGCCCACUUCUGAGAGUUUAUCUACUGAGCACAGAAAACACCAUGUUUAAAAAAGCAUAAGAAUCCUCCUAACGUUAACAAGUGCAUUCAUUUUUUUCCUUUAAUGGGAAAUAAGGCAAGAUAAUGCAUUGUCGGAGGCUUGUGUCAGCCCAUAUUUAUAUGCUUCGAAAUGAUGCUGUAGGAUGCAGGGUUAGAAAGGUUGGAUUUUCAAAAUAUGCUGGUUCAUUAAGCAGUAGAACAUUAUAUGAAAGCUCAGAUGGACUUUUGAGAUUGAGAGGAACUUUUCAUUUAACCAGUACAUGUUCACGUAACCAGUAUAAAUCUCUGAAUACUUUGUGUAUAUGGCGAUGUUUUGUCUCAGAUAAAGGUACUGUGUUACCUUUGCCUCAAUUACUAUUAUGCUGUACCCUGUAUUCUGUUAUAACUUGAUGGUGAAUUAGGCUAACAUAUGAAUUACAUGGUAAGGCAUUACAUGUAACAUGGAUAUAUGACAUAAAAUCGUCAAAUUACUUAGCGUGAUUUGAUUCCGUGAUGCUAAAUCUAAACAAGAACUACCUCAACUGUUCAAUACAGGUCCAGAUUCAUUAAGAAGCAUUAAUUAAAUUGUCAUUUGUCAACUUUUAGAUAUUGGAAGAUAGAAAGGGCUUUUCAUUUUGAAGUGUUCAAUCUGUGAUAGUUUCUGUGUUCAUUUUUUAUCCUAUGUAAAUGUAAUACAAUUUGAAUAAACUGAAUAAAUGCAUGCAAGUC